AUGUCUCAACAACAGAUGACGCUGCUUGACCGUGGUAUUGGCAUUUGGCCAACACAGCUGCCCCGGUAUGUCGAAGUAGUAAUGCUUCAAGAUGAAAUUGAGAAUACGAUGGUUCAACAGAAGCAAAUCAGUGACCCUAGGCCCCCGACGUUUGACGAUUGGCAGGAGUUGAUCCAUCCCUUGGGAGGUACGUAUUACUAUAACCACAAAAAGAAAACAUAUACGUCUAUGAAUCUGAGGAAUUAUCAGGAUCUACGGAUGCUCGACAAUUUCGUUGAUGCAUCACGCGCUGCGGCACAGGAAGACGGUUGGAUUCUCGUUGUUUACCCGACGACGUUUAUGGGAGAAAAACGAUUCCAAUACUACUACGUUGUGCCCGAUCAGCGCAUCAUCGCCUGGUUAGAGGAAUUGAAUGGAUACAUUCUUUUCCGCGAGUGUGUCAUUCCAAGCAAAUGGCCUCACAAGAGACUCGAACUUGAGGCGCAAUAUUGGAGACACUUUGAAUUUUUUCCGCACAGUUGUCGAAUGGAAACCACCGCGACGACUAUCAAAAUCACUGAGCAAGGAACAGAAGCAAUAACUUUAAGUCAGUCGACAGCUGCCUCGAUGUUCUGGACACUGGAUCAAAUGAAUCAAAUUGUCGCACAGCUGGCCGAUAUCGAAGGGCUUGUGGAAAAUGGGCUCUUAGAAGAAACUAGCGUCGUAUUCUGUUGCAGAAUAUUAUACAUACUACGUACGUACGACGUCGAUUUCUUCGCCGUUGCUAUUAAGCAUGACAUAGGCCAUCAUCAAUACCUGAACCGCCACAACCAACCCGAAGCUCGCCUCAUCCGAUCCCAUGCGGUGAGAGAGAGGCGCAAAAAGAAUAAACUUCUUUCUGCUGUGAGCAGCGCUGCAGUCACGAUGUUAUGUAUGCCGAUCACAGUCGAACGCAUCAGAAACACUUCUGUUGAUGGUAUUGUAAAUGGCAUAGAAGUCCAACGAUUUGUCGACGACUUCAGCAGUCAAGCUAGAAAUCAGAUCACCCUGGCAGGUGCUUCGAUUGCUAUGGACAUUGCAAUUUUUACCAUUCCAGGUUUGGGUGUAUCGAAGACUGCACAGACAUUGUGCUCUUGCUCCCUACUUGCAGGCGUCGGCUGCAUUUUUGCGGGCACGAUGGUGCAACGCUUUGGCGAGAGGAUGGGCUCUCUUGAAUUCGCGGGGCAUUACCUGCGAAAGAAGAGGAUGAUGCUAGUCAUAAUUACAAGCAUACCCACUUUUUUCUGUGUGCUGAGUGUAAUAGGUGCCAUGCUCGGAUUUCUCGCAGGUAUCUUUGCCAACUUCAAACCCUCCACGUUCUUAGUGGUUUCGAACAUUGUUAUGCUCAGCGUUGUGGCGUGUCUCUUACUUGUACUGGCAAUUGCCAGUUAUGGUCCAGGCCUGGCUCGGAUGCGGCCACAAUGA